ACCCUCCCCUAACCACGCUGGGCCAAACCCUCCCCUAACCACGCUGGGCCAAACCCUCCCCUAACCACACUGGGCCAAACCUUCCCCUAACCACGAACGACGCUGGGCCAAUAGAGAGGCACUUUAGAGACAGGAAGGGUAAAGGGGCAUGUGCUCGACACAGGUAGAGUCCUAUCUGUCCAUGUUGCCUUUUACAAAGUGGGCACCAAGACUCACCUAAAUAUGCCACUGGUUGAGAGACGUUUUCAUUGUUUUUGGGCAGAAUUACUUUACCUUUAACUAGGCAAGUCAGUUAAGAAUAAACUAUUAUUUUCAUUGACAGCCUAGGAACAGUGGGUUAACUGCCUGUUCAGGGGCAGAAUGACACAUUUUUACCUUGUCAGCUCAGGGAUUCGGUUACUAGGCCAAUGCUCUAAUCACUAGGCUACCAGCCACCACCAUUAUGUGUUGUUAGCCAUGUGUCUUGGCCCAUUUUUUUAUAUUUUUUUAAUGUGGCCAUCGACAAUUUGUUGCCCAAUGGGAAGGUCAGCCCGGGAGGAAAGCAUUAGCUGUAUGAAGUAAAAGAGAACACAACAUCUGGUUGUUUUUAAAUUACUUCUUAUGACAUUGUUUGCCAGAAUAAAACGAUGGAAGGGAGAUUUUUACCAAUCUGCGUUACCCACUCCAGUCAGCAGAUGGCGAUGGAAGGCUUUCAGGUGAUGUUUCUUGCGUGACGUAUAAUCUAGUGGACGGAAAGCUUCAACGGCAGUAAAAGACUACUGAUUCAACCACUUCGGUAGCGCACAUUAAACCAGUCUUGUUUAUAUUAAUGUCAGUGUUUUUAAACAUCAUUCUGUUUUACGUAUUGACUAGUUGAAAAAAAAGAAGUUAUUUGCUUGUUAAAUGAAAUUGGCUAAUGUGUUCAAUUGUUAACGUUACUGCACUAGGCUAAACGCUAAUGCUAACUAUCUAGCUAGCUAACAUCGCGACCAUGUGCUCACUAAGCUAUUCGGAGAAAGAAGCUCUAGCGCUGAUCAUCAUCGUAAAAGAAGAAGAGGAAGAAGCUUUAAGAAUAAAAAAGGAAGAAGAGGAGACUGUCACAUUAGAAGAAGAAGAGGUGGAUAUUACAGUGAAAGAAGAGAAAGAACCUUUUGGAGUAAAAGACGAAGAGGAGGCUAUCUCAAUUAAAGAGGAGGAUGAGGAGGAGACUGAAGAUCCUGUUAACACCAGAGAGAGACAUGACUAUGGUGGAUCCUCUGUGGAGCCUCAACAACAUCCUGAUGCUGACGAGGCAGAGAAGAGUCUCUCCAGAUCAGAACACCAGAUGGACAACGUUAUUCCUUCCUCCCUGCCGCAGUCCCCGUGUCGUUCCUCUCCCGGUAGCACCUUACUGCUGGGUAUAAAGAGGUUGUCUGUGCUGCUGGUGGACUGCAGGAAAACAACGGGGCUGAGUGGAACUGUGAGAGGAGAAGAGAUGAAAGGAUCAGAUUUGACUCAUCAAAAAGAGAGACCCGACUCAGAGGAACCAGAGACGUCUGAACCAGUGAGACGACACCACUGUUCCCAGUGUGGAAAGAGUUUUAACCAUUUAGGAAAUCUUAAAAACCACAAGAGAACACACGCAGAGAAGUCUUACAACUGCUCUCACUGUGCAAAGAGUUUUACUCAUUUAUGUAGGCUAAAAUCGCAUGAGAGACGACACACAGGAGAUAAGCCUUACCAAUGCUCUCAGUGUGGUAAGAGAUUUUUUGAGUCAACAGAACUGAAAGUUCAUAAGAUAAUACACACAGGGGAAAAACCAUUCCAAUGCUCCCAGUGUGUAAAGACAUUUUCCCGGCCAGGGGACCUGAAAUCACAUGAGAGAAUACACACAGGGGAAAAGCCGUACCACUGUUCCCAGUGUGGAAAGAGUUUUACAAGUUUAAAAGUCUUGAAAAUGCAUGAGAGACGACACACAGGGGAAAAACCAUUCCAAUGCUCUCAGUGUGGUAAGAGAUAUGUUGCGUCAACAGAACUUAAAGUUCAUAAGAGAAUACACACAUGGGGAAAACCAUUCCAAUGCUCUCAGUGUGUAAAGACAUUUUCCCGACCAGGGGACCUGAAAUUACACGAGAGAAUACACACAGGGGAAAGGCCGUACCACUGUUCCCAGUGUGGAAAGAGUUUUACAAGGUUAAACAUCUUGAAAAUGCAUGAGAGAAUACACACAGGGGAAAAACCAUUCCAAUGCUCUCAGUGUGUAAAGACAUUUUCCCGACGAGGGGAACUGAAAUUACACGAGAGAAUACACACAGGGGAAAAGCCGUACCACUGUUCCCAGUGUGGAAAGAGUUUUACUCAGUUAGGGAGUCUGAAAAGUCAUAAGCGAAUACACUCUGGAGAGAAGCCUUAUCGCUGCUCCAAAUGUGGAAUUGCCUUUUCAGAGUCAAAAACCUUGAAAAUGCAUGAGAGAAUACACACAGGUGAGAAGCCGUACCACUGUUCCUACUGUGGAAAGAGUUUUAGAAAAUCGCAACAGCUGAAACAACACGAGAGAAUACACACAGGAGAAAAGCCUUACCACUGUUCUCAGUGUGGAAUGAGUUUUAGGCUUUUAACGGGCCUCAAAGGUCAUAUGCAAAUGCACUCUGGAGAGAAGUCAAACACAUGUUCUCAUUGUGGAAAGAGUUUUCUGAGGUUAAGCACUCUGAAAUCGCAUGAGCGAAUACACACACAAAAAAAACUCCAAUGUUCCUUGUGUGGAAAGCGGUUUACCCAGUUAGAAGCCCUGAUUGUGCAUCACAGGACACACACAGGCGGGGAUAAGACCUACCACUGCUCCCAGUGUGGAAAGAGAUUUAACUGGUUAAGGCACCUGAAUAAGCAUGAAAGAAUACAUACACAGGAGGAGAAGACAUACCACUGCUCUCAGUGUGGAAAGACAUUUUCCCAGCCAGAGGACCUGAAAUCACAUGAGAGAAUAGAGAGGCUGUGUUCUGACUUGUGUUUCUGACUGAUCAUUUGUGUUUUUGUUUCAUGCCACGUGAAAUCAAAUUGUAUGAAACCAGAAAAAAAUGUUCACUUUUGUUGUUUUUUCAUUUAGAGACAUGAUCACGUCUAAUAUCAGAUUAAAUAUUUAAAACGGUCUGUUUGGUUUUGAUGAGCUUUGAUUGAUUUGAUAAGUAUAAACCCUCUGUUGUUCAUCAUAUGAUUUUCUAUUUGUUAAGGGAUUUUUUUAUUAUCAAUGAUGACUAAUUAUGUAUACAUUUCAA